CUCACACGCAGCCUUGCUGGCGGCUGCCGCUCUCGGGCCGCCCCUGGUCCCCUGCACCGAGGGGUCCUCCCGCGCGCGCAGCACACCCCGUGCACCCCGUGCACCUCGUGCCUCCCUUGCGCUCGGCCGCGCCCUGCGCCCCCGCGGGUCCUGCGGGAAGAUGGUCCACGAACGGUGGAAGACCGUGGGCGGCGCGUCCCAACUUGAGGACCGACCGCGCGACAAACCUCAGCGACCAAGCUGCAGCUACGUGCUAUGCACGGUGCUCCUGUCCCUUGCAGUGCUGCUGGCUGUGGCUGUCACUGGUGCAGUCCUCUUCCUGAACCACGCCCACGCGCCGGGCACGGCCCCCCCACCCAUCAUCAGCACAGGGUCUGCAGGGGCCAAUAGUGCCCUGGUGACCGUGGAGAGGGCCGACAGCUCCCACCUCAGCCUUCUCAUCGACCCUCGCUGCCCUGACCUCACCGACAGCUUCGCUCGCCUGGAGGGGGCGCAGGCCUCCAUGCUUCGGGCCCUGAGUGACCAUCAGGCCCAGCCGAGGCUGGAUGGUGCCCCCGAGCUGCUGGAUGCACUGGCUGACCAGCUGCCCCGGCUGCUGGCCCGGGCCUCUGAGUUGCAAGCCGAAUGUGCCGGACUCCGCAAGGGACACAGCAUGCUGGGCCAGGGCCUCAGCUCCCUGCAGAGCGAACAGGGCCGCCUAGUCCGGCUGCUUUCUGAGAGCCAAGGUCACAUGGCUCACCUGGUGAACUCUGUCAGCGAUGUCCUGGAGGCUCUGCAAAGGGAGCGGGGGCUGGGCCGGCCCCGGGUCAAGGCUGACCUUCAAAGGGCCCCUUCCAGAGGAGCCCGGCCCCGAGGAUGCGCUAAUGGCUCUCGGCCCCGGGACUGCCUGGACGUUCUCUUGAGUGGGCAGCAGGAUGAUGGUGUCUACUCCGUCUUCCCCACCCACUACCCAGCUGGCUUCCAGGUCUACUGUGACAUGCGUACUGACGGCGGAGGCUGGACGGUGUUUCAGCGCCGGGAGGAUGGCUCUGUGAACUUCUUCCGAGGCUGGGAGGCGUACCGGGAGGGCUUCGGCAAGCUCACAGGGGAGCACUGGCUGGGGCUCAAGCGGAUCCACGCCCUGACCACACAGGCGGCCUAUGAGCUGCAUGUAGACCUAGAAGACUUUGACAACGGCACUGCCUAUGCCCAUUAUGGGAGCUUCGGCGUGGGCUUGUUCUCUGUGGACCCCGAGGAGGAUGGGUACCCCCUCACGGUGGCUGACUACUCGGGCACCGCAGGUGACUCCCUCCUGAAGCACAGUGGCAUGAGGUUCACCACCAAGGACCGGGACAGCGACCACUCAGAGAAUAACUGUGCUGCCUUCUACCGAGGAGCCUGGUGGUACCGCAACUGCCACACGUCCAACCUCAACGGGCAGUACCUCCGCGGCGCUCAUGCCUCCUACGCUGACGGCGUCGAGUGGUCCUCCUGGACUGGUUGGCAGUACUCGCUCAAGUUCUCGGAGAUGAAGGUCCGACCGGUCCGAGAGGACCGCUAGGCUGGCGCACUGCCCCGCACUGGUGCCCUCUGCUCAUGCCCAGACCCACACGUCUCACCCCCAGCCCACUCCGUGCCCGCUGUUGCAAGAACAUUUUCUGCCCACCUG